UAUGUGAUGGCUCAACUGGUACAUUUAUUCGUCUUUUGUUGGGAAGGCCAAAGACUGAUAGACCACAGCCUGCUAAUGCAUGACAAGAUGUAAGGCAACCGCGGUCAUUUCAAAAUACAGUAGCACUUGGUACAAGAUACCUAUCAAGUCGCAAAAGCUGUUACUACCUGUAUUGAAAAGAAGCCUGCGACCGAAAUCCUUGAGCGCCGGCGGAAUGUUUAUUUUCUCUUUGCAGGGAUUCACCACGGUGGUGCAAACGUCGAUGUCAUAUUUUACCGUGCUUUCGUCCGUCAACUAACCGACGACCAGUAGCGAAAUAACGUUUCUAUGAAUUUUAAUCGUGUCAUUAAAAUCGCCAAUAUUCGAGAAGUAAUCUCUCUAGUAUCUAUA